UACCCCCUUAUAUACCCCUUUAGCCUCCCCAGACUAAACCAAAGGGAAAGACCCCUGGGUAAACCCGACCAGAACAAAAUACAACAUAUAAAUGUAAUUAACUAUUUACAUAACCGGUUAUUAGACAUUACAUUCCUAGGACAGAAAAAGGUAAGUAUAUAAAUACAACAGAAUACAAUAUGUUAACAUUUCUUUUCUUCCUCUUUUAUAGGUCACCUGAAACCCCCCCUGCACCAGAGAUUUCCCCAAGCCCACUCAAGGCUACAAAGCUGGGCGGCCCGCGCGCUGCCGCUCCCUAAGGGACACGGAAUUUGGUUUUGGGUGGAGGGAUUGUGCUUCUGCUAGUCGUGCAGACUGGAGGAGCUGAAGAGAAGAGAAGAGAAGCAGGAGAGGAGGGGGCGAGGAAGAGAGAGAGAGAGAGUGAGAGAGAGAGAGAGAGAGAGAGAGAGAGAGAGAGGGAGGGAGAGAAACAGAAAGAACAGAAAGAGAAGAGCAGUAGGAGGAGGGGGGAGACAGGGAGAAACUGCACACACAAGAUGGCUACGGUUUCCUCCAGCUCCAUUUCUGGAGAGUCAACACCCUGUUUGCUGGAGAGGCAUGUCAUACUGCUGGGUUACCGUGGCUCUGGCAAGACCUCAUCAUGCAUCACUAUUACUGGCCAGGAAGAAGCCCCUGCCAAGCAGCCCACAAAGGAAGCAGUACUUUUCACAAAGGAACAUGACUCUGGGCGGCUUUUGCUGCUGGACACUCCGGGAUGGAGCUUGGAGGGUGGGGACAUAGUAGCGGAGGGGCUAGAUGAACAGAGCACUACAUCUGCUCAAAUCAGACAGCUGUGCUAUCCAGGUGUUCAUGUUCUGCUGCUGGUGGUGCCCAUCGGAGAGACCUUCACUGAACAGCACAGACAAGGCAUGUUGGAGCGGUUGGAGUGCGCUGGGUUGCACGUGUGGAAAUUCUGCAUGGUACUGUUCACUGGAGCGGACAGACUGUGGGGAAACGGUGUGGAAGAGUUUAUUGCGGAGGGAGGAAAGACAGUCCAGAUGCUGGUGGAGAGGUGUGGAAACAGGUACCAUGCUCUGGAUAACACCAACUCUGAGAACAGCACACAGGUUGCUGAACUGCUGCAAAAGGUGGAAGAAAUGAUACAAGAGAACGAUGGAUCAUUUUUUGUGACAAACGAAAAUACUCACGCUUCCUGUCCUGCACAGAGGUGGCGUGAAGAGGUCAGAGAUUGGAUGAUGACAGCUGAUGGAGAGGUGUCUCCAUUAUAUAGAUCACCGCCACGAGAGUUGCGGAUGCUGUUAGUGGGCUGGCAAGGUGCUGGUAAGAGUUCAGCAGGAAACAUGAUCUUGGGUGGACACAAGUUCCACUCGGGCACACGAACUGAGAUCUCCCUCCGGCGACAGGCCUACGUCAGAGGCCGCCGCAUCACCAUCGUGGACACACCGGGCUGGGACUGGUUUUCCCUCCGCAGGACACCAGCUCACAUUAGAAAGGAAAUCAGGCGAGGGGCGGGGCUCCUACACCCAGGUCCUCAUGCUCUUCUGCUGGUCAUCCCUGUCUUUUCCUCCCUGACCUCCAAAAAGAGGCGAGCUCUGGAGAACCACCUGGAGAUGUUCGGUAAGGAGGUGUCUUUUCACACUGUGGUGCUGUUCUCCUGUGGUGACUGGCUGGGCCCGACGUCAAUUGAGGAGCAGAUCCAAAGGACCGGUGGGCAGCUGUUAAAUCUGAUGGAGUACUGCUGGAACUACUAUCAUGUGAUAGACAGCACCAAUGCUGAAAAAGGCAAAGAGCAAGUCUCUGACCUUCUGACAAAAGUGGAGGAGAUGGUGGCACAGAAUGAAAGGCCUUUUUUGCCUGUGAUGUUAAACGAAGAGAUGGAGGAUCAGACCACAUGUGGGAUAUGCACUCUUCAAUGAGAAAAACAAAAUGAACAGUCUUCUCUCACAACGAUUUACAGUCAUUCAGUAAAGUGGAGUUGUGGUUUGAGUUGUAAUAAUACUAAUAUACAAUAACAACAUGGUUUUGCAUGGCUAUCUUCAAGCAUUGCCCCAAGUUCUGCUGCAGUCAUAAAUCCACUGCAGUUACAGGCUACUGAAGGAGGAUGAAUGUACUAUAAAAUUAAAGAAAAAAGAAGACAUGAAAUGAAUGACAAUGAAUGCACUGGGACAAUGCUCUCACACAGAGAUUGUAUUUGGGUAAUAAUAACAAUAGUGUUUUUGUAACACUCUAAUUAUAACCUAUCCAAAGUACCUUUAUUUUUCUGUAUUAAAUACAGACACACAGAACCUUCAUAUAAAGAUGCAUGUUUAUGCCAUUGUGUCUUACAAUAUACUUUACUGAUUUUAAAAUCUGUUUUGUGAAGUCUGAACAGUUUUGCACACAUUUUUGUCGUGUCUGAAAUGUACUUGUAAUCACUGAAGUCAAGUAAAGACAUAUAUGAAGGCAUAGGUCAAGUAGAGAGUACGCCAGUGUAGUAGCUGAGCUUAAAAUAGCACCUGUGCUAACUUCACUCAAGAGACACUGAUUAUGUCUAUGCUUAUAUAAAGCUAAAGUUGCACUAAAAGUAUGAGGUUGUUGCAACAUAGAUACGCUAAAAUAGAAAUGUACAACAUGAUACUACUACGACUAUUAAAUGCCAUUUUGCAUUUGUAAUGAUGUAAUGUUCACACACACAGGUGUACAUUUCACAUUUGUACAUGUACAGUACAGCUUAGCCGGCUCAAAGGGAAACCGAGGUAUUUACAGCACUUACGAUGUAAUUUUUGCAUACUGCUGCACACUUUGCAUCUGAUAUUUUCAAUAAAAUAAAGUGAAAACAUG